CUAAAUCUGAAUGGUCUGUUGAUAUGGUGCUUCUUCUAAAAAUAACCGAGUGGAAUAGGCUUCACUGAAGAGUCUAGAAAGCAUCCCCUCUGCCUGGGUGACUUGGAAACGGCCGUGCUUUUAACACAGAGGAUUGGACAACAGGCCUCCCAAGGGUUCUUGAAGAAAGAAUCUGUAAUCCUUUUGGGUUUAACCAUUAGGCAAAUUUAGUUUCCUGGUUUCAGAAAGAGAAAACACACCCACAGAAAGAAAAACCCAGGCCCGUGGGAACAAGUAACUUCCUCCUCCUGGGGGUGCUUGAAAACCCUAAUCUGUCUGCCAUGAGUCCCUCUCCUGCCCAGCAUGAGGCGGGCUGGGGAGGCAUCCAAGAGGCCAAGGGGUGGUGGAGACAGAGCGUGCCAGCUGGGAUAAGGAAGUAAACACACUUCGGCUGAGAGGAAAUAUGGGAUGUAUAAAAUCAAAAAGGAAAGACAAUCUGAAUGGCGAUGGAGUAGAUUUGAAGCCUCAACCAGUACGUAAUACUGACCGAACUAUUUAUGUGAGAGAUCCAACGUCCAAUAAACAGCAAAGGCCAGUUCCAGAAUCUCAGCUUUUACCAGGACAGAGGUUUCAAACCAAAGAUCCAGAGGAGCAAGGAGACAUUGUGGUAGCCUUGUACCCCUACGAUGGCAUCCAUCCAGACGACCUGUCGUUCAAGAAAGGAGAGAAGAUGAAAGUCCUGGAGGAACAUGGAGAAUGGUGGAAAGCUAAAUCCCUUUCAACGAAGAGAGAAGGUUUCAUCCCCAGCAACUACGUAGCCAAAGUCAACACCUUGGAAACGGAAGAGUGGUUUUUCAAGGACAUAACCAGGAAAGACGCCGAAAGGCAGCUUCUUGCGCCCGGGAACAGUGCUGGGGCUUUUCUUAUCAGAGAAAGUGAAACAUUAAAAGGAAGCUUCUCUCUUUCUGUCAGAGAUUAUGACCCUGUGCAUGGUGAUGUUAUUAAGCACUACAAAAUUCGAAGUCUGGACAAUGGGGGUUAUUACAUCUCUCCACGAAUCACUUUCCCUUGUAUCAGUGACAUGAUUAAGCAUUACCAAAAGCAGUCAGAUGGCUUGUGCAGAAGACUGGAGAAGGCGUGUAUUAGUCCCAAACCGCAAAAGCCAUGGGACAAAGACGCCUGGGAGAUCCCGCGGGAGUCCAUCAAGUUGGUGAAAAGGCUCGGUGCCGGGCAGUUCGGGGAAGUCUGGAUGGGUUACUAUAACAACAGUACCAAAGUGGCUGUAAAAACCCUGAAACCAGGCACCAUGUCUGUGCAAGCAUUCCUGGAGGAGGCCAACCUCAUGAAGACCCUUCAGCACGACAAGCUGGUGAGGCUGUAUGCCGUGGUCACCAGAGAGGAGCCUAUCUACAUCAUCACCGAAUACAUGGCCAAGGGCAGUCUGCUGGAUUUCCUGAAGAGUGACGAAGGGGGCAAAGUCCUGCUUCCAAAGCUCAUUGACUUCUCUGCUCAGAUCGCAGAGGGAAUGGCAUACAUCGAGAGGAAGAACUACAUCCACCGAGAUCUACGAGCAGCGAACGUUCUGGUCUCUGAGUCACUCAUGUGCAAAAUUGCGGAUUUUGGGCUCGCUCGCGUGAUCGAGGACAAUGAGUACACAGCAAGGGAAGGUGCCAAAUUCCCCAUUAAGUGGACGGCUCCAGAAGCGAUCAACUUUGGAUGUUUCACGAUUAAGUCUGAUGUGUGGUCCUUUGGAAUUCUCCUGUAUGAAAUCGUCACCUACGGGAAAAUUCCCUACCCAGGGCGAACUAAUGCCGACGUGAUGACCGCCCUGUCGCAGGGCUACCGGAUGCCCCGCAUGGAGAACUGCCCCGACGAGCUGUAUGACAUCAUGAAAAUGUGCUGGAAGGAAAAGGCAGAAGAGAGGCCGACGUUUGAUUACUUACAGAGCGUCCUGGAUGAUUUCUACACGGCCACGGAAGGGCAGUAUCAGCAGCAGCCUUGACGCCCAGGGAGGCUCGUGGCCAUCGGCUGGGACGGCUGCCUCAUUCGAGAGGAAAACAUGACCGUCGCUGGUUGUGCUAGUCUUUCAUAUGCUAGGAUCACCUACCGGCCCUGCUUCCUGAAAGCGAGGCCAAGUUACUCAGGAAGAACACUCUCGACAUGGGCAAGUAUUCUCUUUCUCAUCGGCUGAUGCCCACCGGUAGCCGCGCGGACCGCACCCAGCCGGCAACCUUGCUUCGCUAGACCGACGUCUGCCUUCGGAGAAGAAGCCACCUGUUGCGUCCAACAGGCACCCACCCCGGCCUCUUGUUUACAACUCGAUGUGGGACUCAUGGGCGCAGAGGCCCUCGCAGCGAAUCUCAAACAGUAGCAGAGUGAAACUCAUUCCUAAAACGCGAAGUAACCAGACGCAGAUCACGACCCUCGUUUGCAUUUUCUCUCUGCCUUGGCUUAUCUGUUAAAAAGAAAAAAAAAGAAAAAAAAAAUUACUAAUCCUAUCUGUUACGUUUUGCAGCUGAAGUCAGAAGGUUAAAAUGGUCUCUCCCAGAUGGCAGUGAUUUCCCCUGCCCCUAAAGUCUGAGGCUGUUAAAAAGAUUUUCCUUCCACGGAGACGGCUGGGAACUCCCAGACACGAAGCGUGCUCUCCCGUUCUGUUUCCUAUCGGAGUGUGUGUGGUUUGUGAGCGUGCACAGAUGUCGUGUGUCGCCACACAGACCCCACCGACGGCCAGGGCUGGCCCAGACCUCCCAGGAAAGAGAGAAGAGCCAAAGGAACCGCUGUACCCUCAGAAGGAAUAGUUUUAACGGCCCAGCUUUUCAAUUCCCCAGUUUCCUGUCUGAGAGGCUUUUUUGACCAUGUACUUUGGGUCAAACAAUAAGAUUCUAGUCUCUGCAGAGCCUUAUAAAAGGCCUUCUAAGACAUAAGAAUUCUCUUCACUGCUUCCAAUGAUUUGAACGUUAUUUUAACGAUGGAAUGUUAAUUUUCGUUGUACUCGAGAAAGUAAAAACGCCAUAUUUGGGUCUAUUUUUGUGGUUCAGCCAUCUUUUCUAAAUUGUGUAAGGUGUGGGUGGGACUAUUUAUACGAGGAUACAGGAUACGAAAGGAACGGAAGUGACUGAAAGGCUCGAAUGAGCUCCUGCAGCGAGGGAGACGAGAGGUCUUGUUUACUAAGUUGUUCUACUGUGAGCUUCGAAUAGAAAAUGCUACGUCACAUCGUGUUUCACUUAUGCUGUUGUGUAUAUACCUAAUAUUGCUGUUUUUUUUGAUUUUAUUUGAAUACACCUGGCCCAGUAACA